CCACGUGGGACUCACAGUCUUCAUCCCCAUUUUACAGAUGUCGCAAAAGGACUGGUAUCGUAUCCUGGGUGCCGAGCCGUCAGCGAAUCUGUCAGACCUAAAGCAGAAGUAUCAAAAGCUUAUAUUAUUGUAUCAUCCGGACAAACAGAGUGCAGACGUGCCAGCCGAAACCGUGGAGGAGCGCGUGCGGAGGUUCAUUGAAAUCGAUCAGGCGUGGAAGAUUCUGGGGAACGAAGAGACGAAGAAGGAGUAUGACCUGCGGCGGCAAGAAGAUGAUCUAAGAAACGUGGGACCGGUGCACACUCAAGUAUAUCUUGAAGACAUGUCCUGGAAUAAAGAUGAACAGUGUUACGCUUUCAGUUGCCGGUGCGGUGGAAAAUAUACUGUCUCGAAGGAAGAAGUGGAAGAAGUUAACCUGAUUUCUUGUGACACGUGUUCACUAAUUCUAGAAAUUCUCCAACCCAACUGAAGUAAUUUCAUACAGUACAAUGGAAAAACUGCUCAGGAUAUAGAGAAGGGGGAGAUGGGCUUUGUCCGAUUGAAAGAACACAAAUUCCAAAUCAGAUCCAUUUUGGGGUGUAUUCUGGGAAACUGCUGAAAUGUCGGCCUUAGUACUCUUUUUAAGGAUAACCAGGGAAAUAUCAUAAUUUCAAGGAGCCCCUCACCCCCAUGAACUGAAUUAAAAUUAGAAUAAUUUUUCAUACUUGGUGAAUUUCCAUUUGGUCUUUUUUAACCAAUCUGCUCAUCCUCCUCACUCCCUGACUUCCAGGGGAAGGAGAAAUGGGCAUCCCCUUUAACAAUCGGGUCAUGUGACUAUUCAGCCUGCCAGAAUUUUCAUGGGGACCAUUUAUAUUUUUCAAU